AUAGCUCACCAUAAACAGGAGAGGCGCACACCCGAAGAAGGAUAUAAGACCGACCAAAAAUCGUGCCGAUAUAUGAAAAGUUAACUUGGCUCCAGAGCUGAGCGCGUGGGGGGACGAGGGGCACAUUAUACAGACAGCACGGGGCACCCAAAAAGCGAUGGGUCCGUUCAUGGUCUAGAUAGCUUGCAAAACGCGUGCUGAACGAUUAUCCAAAAAUACAGUUCCUACCUGGUCUAUUAGAGCGAAUUGAAGGCAUUAGUAAAUAGUGUAAGGUUGCAGAGUUAUGGAAGAGAAAGAGACAGGGGAGAGCGAGCCUGUGGUCCUUCCGUGUGCUGAGCAGGCAGAUUCUCUCUCAUUAAUAAUAAGCGGAGAGGAGGAAGCGACGCAAGAGCAGAGUGACUUGGGACACUGUUCAGGAGGUAAAGAUUGUCAUGUUUUUGUUUCGAGAGUACGGAGAAUCGACCCUUCGUCUGCCCGCCACCCUUUGUCACAGUUAAUCUGUGUGACGGACAAUGCCAUCUAGCAGCAUGGCCCUCUUGUCUCAGUGGCUCCACUAUAAACAAAGGCAAAAUACCAUGCUGGUUGCUUGCUGUGAUGCACAGUCGCCACCCAGCGGAAACUAGCGGCGGCUAACUCGUCUAAAUGGAGUCGCUGCCCGAUUUCUGAUGGCGGGGGUGCCGUGCGGAAAUAGAAUAUUGUCCUUACAUUAACGAUUUGAUUAUGAACCCCAAUUAUUCUGUCUGCAUAUUUCUAGCUGAAUACAUAUAUUUGGGAAUGUCAGGGUAUGUGACACCAGCCAUCUGAGAAAUAUAAUUUGAAUUGUAUGUUAUAGAGCUUUGAAAUGUACUGCUUACCAGGAAUAACCUACACCCACUGCAUGUGCAUCUCUUAACUAUCUCUCUCUCUUUCCUAGAGAAGGACGGUCUGACCAAUGGCCACGUGGACGAUGAUGGCGAGGAAGGGAUGGUGACCCCCCUUUGCUCCCCGGGCACCAGCUACUGGAGUGUCAACGAGGGUCCAGACUCCCCCUUCCUCCUUUCCCCCAUCCCGGGCCCCUCUGGACGCAAAGAGAAGGUCCAAUGCGCCUCCCGACCCGGCCUCAGCCGCAUCCCGGGCAGGGAUCAUCGGCGCUACUACCACGAGUACUGGCGCAGCGAGUUCCUGAUGGACUUUGACCCCCGUCGCCACGGCAUGAUCUGCAUGGUGUGUGGGAGCUCGCUGGCCACACUCAAACUCAGCACCAUCAAGAGGCAUAUUAGACAGAAGCACCCGGACUCUCUGCUGUGGAGCGCGGCCGACAAGGAGGUGAUCCGCUCGGGCUGGGAAAGCCACCUGAGUCUGGAGGGGGGCCAGAGGCUGUACUGUCCGGCCGGAGGGGUGGUCGCCAUCUCCCAGGGACAGGAGGAGGAGCUGCUGGACUGUGCUCGCCACUCCACCGGUGGGUGGGGGUUUCUGGAGACUGGAAUGGAAUGAAAUGUCAUGGCCUAGUUUUAUGAUAAGAGUUUCAGGAUCUUGCACUUGGUGGCAGUAUGAGCAUAUCUGAUUAAGUGUUUAUGUUGUAGAGUCAUGCUCAUAUUGCCAAGAUCCACUUUUACAGUAGUGUUAGAGGGUGAUGUCAUUGUGAAGUGGCUUUAUGUAGUCGUAAGAAGACAGGCUGCUCUUGUACCAAUGAUCUUAACCUGAAUUUAAUUUUUACAGAUGGGUGCAUAUUUCAUUUUUAUGUGAUUGUCGUACUAUAUAUUUUUAUUCAUGUUAACAUUUAAACUGCAUAUCCCCUCUCCUUUACCUCACAUAGGAAAACCUGGUGGUAUAGUGUCCCCCAAACUCCAGCCCCGGUCCCCGACCCCGUCUCCCCCUCCCUCGGUCCCCCUCCAGCAGGAGGAGCUCCCCGGGCCCUCGGCCCAGACCCUGGAGCGCUACCUGAAUGACUCGCUCCACGCCUGGUUCAGACAGGAGUUCCUCAUGGAGUACCAGGCGGAGGCGGGCAGGCUGGUGUGCAUGGUGUGCGGCCGCCCGCUGCCCUCGCUCCACCUGGACCACAUCAAGAGCCACGUGCUGGACAUCCACCCCCAGUCGCUGGUCUACAGCUCGGAGGAGAAACACUGCAUCCUGCAGACCUGGGCUCAGACACACGGUGAGACUGAGGGAGGGAGGAGGGAGAGGGGGUAACAGGACAGGGAGGGAGUUAUUCUGUAACUGUGGCUCAGUCUUUGUCAUUGUUCUGAUUAAGGGCAUUGAUGAAGGCCGAAACGUCAAGCUUUUAAUAGUUGCUUGAAUAAAAUAUGUUUUUAAUGGUGAGCUAGCAUUGCAGCCUUUUCAUUUCAGUCACUGUGGCUUUAGGAAGUUUUAUCAACUUGUGUUUUGAAGUGAGUAGGACUUAUUUAUUUAUUUUUGUUACAUUUGUAUGUCUCUGUGUACAAAGGUAGACCAGUUACGUAUAUUUUUUUCUGCAGCACAGAUCUAAAAUGGCUUUUCUUCUGAUAACCAUUGAUAAAGUGAUUAAUAGCCAUUUAUAUCCUUGAAUAUACACUGAGCAUACCAAACAUUAGGAAGACCUUCCUAAUAUUGAGUUGCACCAUGCUGGCACAUGUUGACUCCAAUGCUUCCCACAGUUGUGUCAAGUUGGCUGGAUGUCCUUUGGGCGGUGGACCAUUAUUAAUACACACGGGAAAUUGUUGAGCGUGAAAAACCCAGCAGCGUUGCAGUUCUUGACACAAACCGGUGCAUCUGGCACCUACUACCCUACCCUGUUCAAAGGCACUUAAAUAUUUUAUCUUACCCAUUCACCCUCUGAAUGGCACACAUACACAAUCCAUGUCUUAAUUGUCUCAAGGCUUAAAAACCCUUCUUUAACCUGUCUCCUCCCUUUCGUCUACACUGAUUGAAGUGGAUUUAACAAGUGACAUCAAUAAGGAUCAUAGCUUUCACCUGGAUUUACCUGGUCAGUCUAUGUCAUGGAAAGAGCAGGUGUUCUUAAUGUUUUGUAUACUCAGUGUAUAUAUCCCUUACUAAACUCUCAUUCCUCAACCCCACCCCAUGCCCCAUAUCAGAAUCCGACCCUCUAAACGACUUCAUCAAAUCUGAGCCCAACACCAAAGACGAGAGAGAUGCUGGAGUGGACUUCUUCCCUGAUGACCUGGAGACCAUCCAGAUCGGCUCAGACACGUAUGCAGAGGACAACGAUGAGGCGUUAUCCCAGAUACAGGACAUGGUUGAUAGCGGUGAUGGCGUUGGUGGUGCUCCAGAGGUGACCAAUCCCAUACCCCCUCUCCCUCUUCGCCAACCCAGGAAGAGGCGUCUUCGUGGGGGCUUCCCCUGGCGGCUGCGCCUGGACUACCUGGUGGCCUACGGACCCCAGGGUCGUGGCACCUUCUGCAUGGUGUGCUCCCAGGCCCUGCCAAUGGCCAAGGUGAGCAGCUUCCGCCGCCACAUCCAGGAGUGCCACCCUGAGACCACCAGCCUGGCCCGGGAGGAGAGGGAGGCCAUGGCCGAGGCCUGGACCAAAGAGGCUCCCACGGAAGACAACCUGGCUGUGCAGAUGAAAGAAGGUAAAACUUAUAAGUUUCAACCAAUGUAAAAGAGAGACUGUAGCUACUCUCAGCAGAGAAAGAGGAAAUACUAACUGAUUCACCAAGUGGUUUCUGCCCACUGUAGCUACUCUCAGCAGAGAAAUAGGAAAUACUAACUGAUUCACCAAGUGGUUUCUGCCCUCUUACUGACUGACCCCCCCCUCCCCUCUCUCUGACAGAAGUGGACCCCAGUGACAUCGUCAGCCUCCCUGUGGCGGGAGAGAUGGGUGAACAGGCCUCGCCCGACAACAACAACAACCGGACCACCAAGAUGGCCACCACCAAGGCCGUAAAGAAGGAGGAGGGGGUUGCCACCAUGCCUGCCACUCCGGGGCGCCACGGCCACUACCCAGGCAAGGACCAGCGGCGGAACUACCAGGUGCGCUGGAGGAUGGAGUUCCUGAUGGACUACGACUGCCGGAGACAUGGGUUGAUCUGUAUGGUGUGCGGGGCAACGUUAGCCACUCUUAAAGUCAGCACUAUCAAGAGACACAUCCAGCAGGUUCACCCUCAUUCUCUGGAGUACGGCCCCGACGAGAGACAGCAGGCCCUGCUCAGCUACAACCAGACAGCCCUGCACUUCGUCCACUCGGAUGACUGUUUCUCCUCACUAGACCACGGACACACGGCACUCGGACAGACGGCCGCCGGCCUCUUUGUCAGCUAG